ACUGGUCUACCAGAGUCAAGCAGAUUGCGAAGCUGUGGAGAAAAGCCAGCUCUCAGGACAGAGCACCCUUUGUGCAAAAAGCUCGGGACAACCGAGCGGCUCAGCGCAUUAACAAGGUGCAAUUGUCCAAUGACCCACUGAACCGCCACCCACCCCCUCAGCCGCCGCCGCCACCUCCGCCACCUCCUCAGCUGGGACAGUAUGACCCCAUGUCCAUGGACAUGGAGGGGAAUUUCAAGGACUCACUGAGGCCCAAAGAGUCAGAGCAGGAGCAGGAGUGGAAGUUCAGACAGGGAGAGGUUAAAGACAGAUGGGGAGCCAGUAAGAAGAGGCAGGAAAAUCUCCCCCAAAGCAAAGUCCUAAAAUCACCAACAGAUAAAGAUUGUCCUCACCAGGCACCUGUAGCAGGAGGUGACAAACCAGCUCUGCAAAUGCGUCAGAAGAGUAAACAGUUGGCGAAGAUUGAGGCGACUCAGAAGUUGGAGCAAGUGAAGAAUGAGCAGCUUCAACAGCAGCGUCUGUUGGCAAGUCAGCAUCUGAUUGGUCAGCUGUCACCGGAGAGCGGCAGCCGCAGCCCCAUAUCCCCCAUGCAGCAGGAGCCAGCCUCUCCCGUCCACCCCCCUGCACACCCUAACCCCAGGGAGGGUCCGUCGAGGCAGCAGCCGCUCCUGCAGGGGGCAGGGGAGAGUUCAGGGCUGGCCGACAACGUCUUCCUCAGACCUCAAGCUCCACCCCCCUCUGGCUUCUCCUCACUCCCUCACUCCCCUCACCCCUCCUCCCCUCUCCAUCAGCCCCCAUCCUCCCCCCAGAUGUUCUCUCCGCCCUCCUCCCGUCCCUCCUCUCCGUGGGAUCCUUAUAGUAAAUUAGCAGGGACGCCCCGCCCCUCUGCCUCCCAGCCCGGUGGUCCACCACCCCACCAGCAGCAGCGCCGUAACUCCCUUAGUGCCUCCCCGGCUCACGAUGCCUUCGGUUCUCCCGGUCGUUCCCCCGACUCCAAAGCCUGCGAUAUCUCCUGGGGCCUUGGCACUGCAUCAGGUCUCCAGCAGAGCAGACCGGGUAUGAUGAGCCCUCAUUCUGGCUCCGCCUCUGACCAUGCAGUCAGAAACGUCGGUGUCCGAGCAGCUGAAACCUUCCAGAGGACUCCACAUAACAGCAGUAACCUCCGUGUGGCGGCUGAAUUGUACGGGCGGGUCGGUGAACUGGUCCAGAGUGGGGUGUUUAAAGCCCCCAUGCCCCCCCAGCAGGAGAUGUUUGGAAACACGGGGGGAGGAGGAAGGAGGGACCCUUCCAGGCCCACAGACCUGGGCUUUGUCCUCCCCCAGACACUGGACCCUUCCUUCCCCUCCAGUCCACUAUCAGGGCUGGGCUCCCCCCACCGGAGCCCCUACGCCCAGACGCCCGGAACCCCCAGACCCGACUACAGCCAGCAGAUCCCUGACCCCUUCACCCAGCAGUCACCUUUGACCUCCAGACCCUCUCCUGACCCCUACACUAACCCUCUGGCCCCUGGUACACCACGUCCACACUCUGACCCAUCCUACCUCACCCCCCCUCCCACGCUGCGACUGGACCAGUUCAAUCAGCAGCCCUCUACACGCCGUCCAUCCCCCUCCCACCCAACCCUUKACCCUUACAACUCCAACCCAGGGACGCCCCGCCCCUCUGUCUCUGAGCGUGUCCCUCGAUCACCAGGGAGUCAGCGGAGCACUGACCCCUACACCCAGCAACCAUCCACACCGAGGCCGCAGAAGGGCCCUGA